AUGGGAGAUAGCGUUGAUAACUACAUAAAUGCCACUGAAUCAGACAUCAUGAUUAAACGACAAAUUAUUAGAGCCGAAUUUUAUAACACUUACGACGUGAUGACUGGAAUUAGGAUUGCAUCCACUUUAGGAGGAUUUUUUUUAAUGAUGGUUCUAUUAGUAUUGUACAAGAGUAAAUGUAAAACUCGUUCACUUUCUGACCAACAUCUCGAGGCGGUCAUCAAAGCGGCUGUGGACCAAGAAGAACAACUGGCUGCUUUGGCUAAAAGAAGUUCUAGCUCAAGCUAUUGCUCUGGCCAUGGUCUUUGUAGAUGUUCUCCGAGAUAUAGUAUGACAGAGAACACUGUUGCAGAGUGUAAUAAUUGGAACCGUAAAGCUAAGACCUAUCUUUCAGAAACUCAAUAUCAUCAUCCAUAUUCGGCUUUAACUCAAACCAGCAACAAAUUUAUGAAAUCAUCAGUACUAGAAUACUCUUUCGAAGAGGACGAAGACGAUGACAUGGAUAACGAUGAUAUUGAGGAAGUAUCUAACAAUGGUUACCGUGUGGCCAAAUGGCUAGAAGUACCAUGUAACCAGAAGUGGAUUCCAAGAGGAAAUAGCGCCAUAACGGUCAGUAGCAACGAUACGAGUUACUUGGAAGCUAGAGGAUCAUCGUUGAUUAUUGGACAGCCUCCAUCUCCGUUGAACCACCCACCGCCCGCCGGUUACCCGCCGUGGGAGUUCUAUUAUCCCAUUGACAUACAAGUGAUCCAGCCUACGCCGUGCAUGUCACCGAGCGGCGGCAGCCAGGAAAGUUUCUCGGACGUGCCUAGGCACACCGAACAGCUGUUGCCAUCCGCGUCCGAGCGGUUCCGGAAACCACCGCAGCCGCCGCGGAAGACGGCGUCGUCGUCGACGGCGGCGCCCAUCGCGUGCAUCCGGACGUCAUGCAGCAGCUGCAGCGACGACGCCGCUUCCACCGCCACCACCGUCAACUCGUCCGUGUUCGCCGACGAAUGUUGCUGCGCGACGGCGUCGUCGUCACCACCGCCACAGUUACCGCUGACCGACGGCGGCGGCGCGUCGUCAGCGUCGCCGCUUACCACCGCCGCUGCAGGAUCAGCCACCAAAGCAUCUUGCGGGAGGCGAUACUCACCGCCGCCGCCGACCACUAACCGCGGUAACGGUGGUACGCAUCGGGUCGACGACGAUCGCGCCGCGCCUACAACAGUCGGAGGUGCCGCGGUAUCUGCGGUCAGGUCUUAUCACGAUUUCAACCGCAGGCCGCCGCAACCGACGGCCACAGUCGGUCGGAACGUGAUCGUAGUCCAGGCGGACGUCAACCCCGUGGCCGACUCGAUCGUCAACGCCAACUCAUUAUCAGGGUCUUUACGCGCGCUGUACGACGCGUCUAAAGAAACAUUGUUCUAG